GGGAAAAAUAGGAAAGUGACGGCGACAUUCUCAGCAACAGAUCUUAGGGCAUGCCCCAUAUCGCUUCUGAAGAAGUGUCUAGAAUGGAAGGUGGUGGAUUUCUUGCGGAUGGAGCUGAGGUCAUCACUUGUAGCUGGCACAAGAGAGAUGACACUAGCGGAGGCGGUGGAGAAGAUAGUCUGCAACGGGGUUCACCGGAUUUGGGUGGUUGAUAAUGACGGUUUGCUUCAAGGGGUUUUGUCUCUCACUGAUAUUCUUAAACUCAUUCACCUCUCCCUACUCGGAUCCUUUGCAACACCUACCAGCAAAUAAAUGUUUUACACCGUUUGUCUUUACAACUUAAUGUAAACUGUAUGACACUUUUUAAAUAACAUUUCACACUGUGUCAUGUAAAAUAUUUCACGUGGGGGAAGGUGGUAAACUUGUUUACAUCCGUUGAUACCGCUACCAAAUUACAUAUUCAACGUAGCCGACCUUCGAUGAUGCGAGUGUAACACCCCGCUCCCGCAGGAUCCGAGGUAGUUACUCUAGACCUCUCUAGACUUCUAGCUAGUACUAUUUCUCGUGCGCGCCCUGAGAAACUUCUCAGGGGGUCACCCAUCCCAAGGCUACUCCUGUGCAAGCACACUUAACUUUGGAGUUCUUGGAUGAUGAACUCUCUUAAAAGGAAAUGCAUCUUGUUGAUAUGAGUAGUACUAUUAAUCUGUUUAAAUUAAAUCUCAAGUGUUACGGGGAGUGUCGCGGCAAUAAAUUAAGCUCGUUUUUCAUCAAAUCUCUUUGUCCAUUUGUGUUGCAAGAGAAAAGCUUAUGCACA